AUGGGCACUGAGCAAGGGGAAGGGGACGGAGCCGUCCCUGCGGAGCCCGCUGAGGCCACCAAGACCAUGCAAGUGGUCGUGCACAGCCUCGCUGGUGAGGAGCUUCUGGCGAUGCAAUGCCAAGCGGACUGGAUGGUGUCAGACAUCGCAGGAAAGGUGGAGCCCAAGUUGACUGGACUUUGGCAAGUCAAGCUCCAGCUGGCGGAUCAGGUCCUGCAGGGCAACGAAUGCCUGGACGAUUUGGCGAGCGGUGGCGAUCUGGACCUGACAGCAGUCUUCUUGCGAGAAACUGUCGUCGGUGUCUAUGCGGCAUGGGCUUGCAGCAUCCUCGUUCUGCAUCCGGACCAUCGAGCAGCGUAUCUUUGGUUAGAUGACUACUGGGACGAUCCGCUGAUGCAAAGCUGCCCGCAGAGAACCGCAGCGGAAUGGGCCAGUGAGGAGGCCACCGGCAGCUGGAGCUUGGACGGGGCUGAUCUUGUCGUCAAAGCUGUGGAAGAUGGUUUGGGUGAUGACCUGCAUCUCACCGCCAAAGUGACGAGAAGCCCAGAGGCUCUCAAGCAAGGCAUCUCCGAGAUCAUGUUCGUCGCCGAGUGCACUGCCAAGCUGUCGGCCGGAGUCACCACAAGCCAGAAGCCGGAGCUUGUGCGGUUGGUCGCCGGCUGCCAUGUCGAGAAGCUUGGCAGCUAUCUGAAUGAUCACCAGAUCAUCACGGAAAUCGAAGAGCGCUUCGACUCUCUGGAGGCCACUGUUGGCAGUGUCGACGAGCGUAUGGAGAGCCUGGAAGCGAUUGUGAAGGUCAUGCAGCAGACCCUCAAGGGGCACCUCCACGAGAGGAGCCUGAAGAGUGUGGACGUGGACACCGAAGAUACGGCGCGAAUACUGGGCCCGAAGUGGGGACAAGAAGCCUCAGGCCCCUCGCCCCUCCAACCUCCAGAAGAUGAUGAUGUCUCAGAGAUCUUGGAAGGGGUGCUUGUCGGAGAAGGCGCAGACAACAACAGCAUGGACAAGGAGAAUAACACGUCACCUUUGAAACCACGGACCGGACGUGGUCAGAGGAAAACGAUCUCCACGGCCAAGGUCACCCAAAUCAAUGAGCGAACUUUGGACACGCAGACACAGGAGUAUUACUCCUUUGGAGAAUCCACGUGGGAUCUGUUCAUGUUCAUCGGCACUGGUGCUCUCGGACCGUUGGGCUCUCUGCAAACCUUCGUUUUGGCGAUCGUAAAUGUCGUUAUGCAAGGGAUUUUCGUGGGAAUCGCCCUGUUCAACUUCACCGACCCGGACAUCACUUCGCAAACCAUCGAGGACACUCUUCGCUGGCGACGUUCCUCAGGACAUGCGCUUUCUCAGUAUGAUGAUGUUUCGAAGUCCUCCUUGGUGGCACGUGUUUGCCAGUUGGACAAGUCACUGCCGGUUUCUGGCAUCCAGAUGAGCAUGUACGAGAACAUUCGAAAGUACAUCAAGCCCGAAGCGGUGGGUGUGGAACGGUUCUUCACGGGCCAGGUCCUUUGUCUGGUGGCACUGAUUUGCUGGUACCUCAUGGUUGCAAAGGAGGUGAGCCAUGCGCUUGCCCUGCAUCGUGGCAUCGCCUCCGUCAAUCGCGGCCCGACCACGCUCCUCACAAGAGAGAAUCCGUUCACACAGGUGACACACUACAGGCUCACCGCGGUUUCGCGGCGUCGAAAGGUGAUCAGUGCACUUCUCCUAGUGUAUCGAAUGGUUGCUGCUGGCCUGUUGAUCUACGUCGGGACCUUCUUCUUGGUUUACACUGUCAAUGUCACAGAGCUCAUCCUGAACGCAGUUGCCCUCGGCAUCAUCUUAGACAUUGAUGAUCUACUUUUCGAUGCUCUCGCUACAACACCUGGCCGACAUCUGGUCCACCAGUUGGACUCGCUGCCCAUGCCUUCCUUCCCUCGGUUUCGAGGGGCCGACGCAAAGUCGAUGACCAUGAGUUUCCUGAUCCCAGGUCUCACUAUAUUGAUUUACUUUACGAUGCUGGCUCCCAUUGUCCAGACCCUUACAGACGUGUCAACUGCAAUGUGCGGCGGGGCGCAGCAGUUCGUCUGGACCCUCGAUAAGCGCAGGGUCGUGCUGAUGUCGCCGACGACUGGUGGUGGUUGGGACAACUUGUCUGGUUCCAUUCAGUUCCUGGCCGUAGAUGAGGCAGAGGGUUUGCCGACAGUUGACGGCAUACCCAACCUGGAGGCUAUCCAAGAGACGGAGUACGGAUUUUGGGUGAGGGAGGUGAGCAGAUUGACAGACGCCUCUGUUCUAUCCUUGGACGAAACCGUGGAUGCCUACAACCCAGACUGUGGAGACAUCGGCAACCAGGAGCCGAUCCUGAACUACUUGAGGAAUGCUGUGGGUAACCAGAGCCUUCGAGGCUGCGCUGACGCAAAGCCAUACUGCAACUCCGUAACCAAGAUGCCGGGGUGGACAAACGACGAUGGAACUGGCUUCACAGUACGAAUGUUUUGCUCUGAAACUUGUGGCUGCAAUGAUCCAGGCGGCGAAAGUCUAAGCAUCGAGGGCUGUCCAUACGGAAAGGGCCGCCCUUGCUGGAAAACAGCAGCUUUCGAGGAUGCAUUCGUCACCGCGGUGUGCAAAGAAAAGAGCGCGGCGGAACUGCGAAACUUCACGCCGUGGGUCAGCUGGGUGAACACCAUCGAGGCAUUCAGUCAGGAGGAGGGCAACCUCAUGGGGAAGCCCGAGGCAGCCCUCUUGGCACAGGCUAUGUGGGAGCACGGAUGUGGCUUCGCCGCCAAUCUCUCUGCAGAGAACAUCAGCUGGGGCACGUGUGAUCAGUGGAACACGACUUUCGAUUGGCACUGGAAGACUGUCUCGUACUACUGCCCUACGUCUUGCUCCUGUGGCUGGGACAGUCCUGCAGAGAGCACCUGUCCAUUGCCACUGGGGCGGACUUGCGAUGACCUAGAGGAUUGUCUUUUUGCCAACAAUCAGUACUACUGCCCUGAGACUGCGCCAACGAUCAAAGGCAACCUCGUCCUGGACAUAAACAAUCCUGUGUUGCUGAUUCCGCAUGUAGAUUCCGUGGGCAUCGCCAUCCAGGAGCUGGUCGCAGGGCUUGCUGGAAAUGGUGUGGAGCCGUGGAUGGUCUACCCCGCAGAAGUUGGCGGCAUUCCGGGUUUUGGGAGACGCCUCGCGAUGCUGCAGCUGGAGUUUCAGAUCUUCCAGAUCGGGGGCAACAUGGACGAAAGCGACAUCAAAAAAAACCUCCAAGAAGGGGAUUCCAGCCAGAUGACUUCGACAUUCGUCACCAUCAUGGACGGUCUGGGUGUCAGCACAGCCACUUGGGGACUGUCAGUCCAAUCCAUCUCCUUCGGACGAUCUGCACCUAGCACAGACAGUGGUGGCGGCACUGGAAGCGGUACUGGCACAGGAAGUGGCAGCGGCAGUGGAAGUGGCUCUGGAAGCAGCCAAGAUGGUGGAGAUGGUCCGGGUGGAGACGGCACUGGUGGGGAUGGCGAUGACGGUUCUGGUGACGACGGAGAUGAUUCUGGCGACGACAGUGGCGGCAGCAGCGGCUCAAGCGGCAGUGGCAGUGGCCCAAGCGGAAGUGGUCCCAGUGGGGAUGGAGGUGAUGGCUCGGGUGGCGACACUGGCAGUGGCAGCGGACCCAGCGGAGAUGGGGAUGAUGGUUCAGGUGACGACACUGGCAGUGGCAGUGGCCCUGGCAGUGGCAGUGGACCCAGCGGAGAUGGGGAUGAUGGUUCAGGUGACGGCAGUGGCAGUGGCCCUGGCAGUGGCAGCGGACCCAGUGGAGAUGGAGAUGAUGGUUCUGGUGAUGAUACUGGUGGCGGCAGCGGCCCCAGCGGCGAUGGAGGUGACGGUUCUGGUGGCGACACUGGCAGCGGCAGCGGCAGCGGCCCAAGCGGGGAUGGAGAUGAUGGUGCUGGUGACGACACUGGCAGUGGCAGUGCCCCCAGUGGCAGCGGAAGUGGCACCGGUCCUGGUACUGGUAGUGGUCCGGGUGGAAGAUAG